UGUUUUGUUUUGUUUUUAUUAAUCAGUUUUCAGUGAAGUCGUGUUGUGUCUGAUCACGUCUCAAAUUCAAAAUGCACAGUGUCAUCUCCAGUUGUCUUGGAUCAGGCUGAUGAGGCUAAAGAUGUUGGUGAAGAUCAACUGACUGAAUCCUUCUCACAAGGCGCUCUUUAAGCUCCGGUGUUGCCACACAGAGCAGCCAUUCAUCGGCUCUACAGUCAGCCACACACACUCCCAUGUUGAACCACUGGACAUCUUAACUGGUGUAACCGGGUUUGCUGAAACGGAUUUCCAGCCCAGCGGUGGAAAGGAUUUGGACUCUUUUACGCAGCAGUAUGGCUUUGCCUGAGGAGAGUCAGCAAUAACCGGGAUUGUCGUCUUAUUUAAUUAUAACGAUUUAAUUACAGUGAAUAGUGUUGGACUCUCCCUGAAAAAAAAAAUUGCAUUCGAGGGUUGCCUUGUCAUUAGUUAAAGUCAAACAACAUGUCCGGCGAGGAGCACAGCCUGUCCGAGGCGGAACUGAGUCCAGGAGGGUCAGACGAUGGUCACUCGCUGUCACCCACUCAACCCGGAGCGCCACCCGGCCGGGACUCACCUCUGGCCGGGCCGCCGCAGCAGCUGGCCGCGCUCUGCGUCGGGGACGGCAGCGGGGACGACGCAGGCAGAUCCGGAGCCAAAUCAGAGGAGGAAGACGACCGCUUCCCGAUCGGCAUCAGGGAGGCGGUCAGUCAGGUGCUGGACGGAUAUGACUGGACACUUGUGCCUAUGCCGGUGCGCGUAAACAACGGGAACAAAGCGAAGCCCCACGUCAAGAGGCCCAUGAACGCCUUCAUGGUGUGGGCGCAGGCGGCGAGGAGGAAGCUGGCCGACCAGUACCCCCACCUGCACAACGCGGAGCUCAGCAAGACCCUGGGCAAACUGUGGAGGCUGCUGAACGAGAACGACAAGAGGCCAUUCAUCGAGGAGGCGGAGAGGCUGAGGAAACAGCACAAGAAGGACUACCCCGAGUACAAGUACCAGCCCCGGAGACGCAAAAACGGCAAACUGGCGCCUGCAAGUGAGUCCGAUAGCCAGGGGGAAGGGGAGGCCAGCCACUCCCAGUCACACUACAAAACCCUGCAUCUGGAGCACAAUGGCGGGGCUGGAUCUCCCCUGGGUGACCUGCACCACCACCACCAUCACCACCACCAUCCUGCUGGUAGGUGGCUCACAGGUCAGGGUCACAGCCCACCCACACCCCCCACCACCCCAAAGACAGAGCUCCAGUCUGGGAAGCUGUCAGAUGCCAAGAGGGAGGGGGGAGCAGGAGCGGCCGGAGGAUCAGGAGGGGCCAGGGGAGCCCUUGGGGUGGGAGCCGAAGGGGCAUCCGGUGGUCCAUCGUCAUCCAGCGCCAAGCCUCACAUCGACUUUGGCACCAUGGACAUCGGCGAGAUAAGCCACGAGGUGAUGUCCAACAUCGAGCCGUUUGACGUGAACGAGUUCGACCAGUACCUCCCCCCGAACGGCCACCCGCAGAGCGUGACCGGGGCUCCUUCUGCUGGAUCCUCGGCCUCAUCCUACGCCUACGCCCUGGCUGCUGCUAGUGGCCACUCCGCCUGGCUCUCCAAACAGCAGCAGCAGCCUCAGGCCUCCCCGUCUUCCUCCGACCCCUCCAAGGCCCAGAUCAAGAGCGAGUCUGCGUCUGGGAGCCACUACGCUGAGGCCUCGUCCUCUCCCUCCUCAGGCACCCACGUCACCUACACCCCGCUGAGCCUCCCUCAUUAUGGCUCUGCUUUCCCCUCGCUGGCCUCCAGGGCUCAGUUCGAGUACGGAGAGCACCAGGCCCCAGGGGCGUACUAUGCCCACUCCAGCCAGGCCCCGGGGCUGUACUCAGCCUUCUCCUACAUGGGCCCUACACAGAGGCCUCUGUACACUACCAUAGGAGACCCCUCCAGCGUGGCCCCCUCUCACAGCCCCACACACUGGGAGCAGCCUGUUUACACCACACUCACAAGACCCUGAGGGAGACCAGCUGAGCAGAGGGAAAUAUGGGAAGUGUGUGAGUGGAUCUGUGUGUCUGUACAAAUAUGUGAGUGUGUGUGUGUGUGCAUGUGUGUGUGUGUGUGUGCCCGUGCCAUAUUGAUGUUAUAUUAGAGGUUUUUACUUUUUUAGCCAUUAUAAUGCAAGACGCAUCCACGGGGGCCUUACACAGUUUAAAAAAAAAAAGAAAAAGAAAGAAACAGCCACAAACUCACACGAUGAGAAGUGUGAAUCAACAGCCAAUCAAAAAAUAAAUAAAACCUUAACAAACGUG